AUGUGGCCCUACUUUGGCAUGCAUGUUCUACUUACAGUGACUCUUACUCUGAGGCCAGCAACUGCUGCAGUGUGGAGUAAAAAAGAUGCCACUGAAGAUGCCUAUCCCCCUCUGUGGGACCUUGUCCCUGAAAACCUGCAGGAUUUCCUAGUAAAGGACAACAAAAUUGUCAUCAAUGCUUGGAACUAUCAAGAACGACUGGGAGUAUAUAAGAACUUGCUAAACUCUUCAGCCAAAUAUUUUACUGCCUUUGGAUCCCAAAAUUUUGGCAAUAUUCUCUGGGGAUUACCAUUGCAGCACGGGUGGCAAUUUCGUACAGGCAGAUUAGCAGAUCCUUCCAGUGUGACUUCAUGCGGCUAUGAAGAUGGAGACCUUCUGUGCAUAUCUGUAAGAAGCUGGUGGUCCUGUAUGAAUUACUACCUGUCUGUCAUACCCUUUCUGGGGGCAGUGGAGGCUGGCCUCUUUGGGCAGCUGGAAUAUGAGAUAGAAAUAUUGCCACCAGAGGACAGAAGAGCUGAUUUCUGUUAUAGUGCUGCUGACUGCCGGUCUCACAUGCCCAAGCUCAUGGAUGCCUGGAAGGCCUAUUUUGAAUAUCUGUUAUCUACAGAACAGGAAGCUCUGAACCCUGCAAACUUCUCCUCCUUCAAGCUGGAUGAUGCACUCCAUCUCAUGUGGAAGGCACAUGUCACCUCCAUUGCUUAUGCGCUGCCCAAGUUUCAGGACAGCUUAAAAUAUCUCUCUGGUCCAGAAGCAAAUUUCGGUGAAGACUGGGCUAAUGGUGUAGAUUUCAUUGCAGCGACACACUUCUCAACAGAUUUACCGACCACAAACUACUUCCAGACUUUCCUGCCCCAGAGGAUGCUCGUUGAAGGGGAUGCCCCUUCAUCCAUUAGUGACUUCAGUCCACAGCAAAACAGUGUCCUGGUUUCAUUGAGUGCUCUUCACAAAACAAAUAAAUUAACAGGAGGAUUGCUGUUGAAGCUCUGGCAAAAGGCUAUGUCUACUGAAGCAGGAAGAAAAAUGGGCCGAAAACUGAUUGAAGACUUGGUUUUGACCCAGUGA